AUGGUCUACUAUCCCCCUGUAUCUUCGGAAGAUUACUAUUCUGUGCAAGUCGUCAGUGGACGCCAGUAUCUUGAAGCUGUAACAUACUAUUGGCAGCUUAUUGGCACAACAGUGAAUACAGAAGCCAACCUUUCAACUUCACAUUUACAAGAGAUGGACACGAACGUCUCGUUGUCCAUUUGCGGAACCAACUCCAGCGAUCUGUGGCUUAUGAUAUCGCCCAUCUGCUCUACAAGGUACCGCUCUAUAGAAAUCUUUCUCAUCGUUGCCGUCACAUUAUCCUUAAUUACACUGUGGACCAUCUUGGGAAAUAUCCUAGUUUUGUUCGCCUUGUACCGGUUUGAAACAUUGCGUACAAUGUCCAAUUGUCUCAUAGGUAAUCUGGCUAUCAGCGACCUCCUCCUGGCACUGACCGUGUUGCCUGUUUCAAUAGGCCAUGAUUUGCUGGGAUACUGGGUUUUUGGUGAAGUCGCCUGUACAGUUUGGCUGUGUGUUGACGUAUUGUACUGUACAGCUUCAAUCUGGGGCCUGUGUACAGUAGCUUUCGAUCGCUAUUUAGCAACAGUUUACCCCGUGUGGUACCACGAUCAGAGAUCGGUGCCUAAAGCAGUUGGAUGUAUUGUGUUUGUGUGGAUAUUUUCUGUUAUUAUCUCAUUCGCUCCUUUCAUUGGAUGGCGACAAAUGAUACCAAGCUUUUUCACUUUCAAUCAUGUUAUUCGGCGACAUGAAUGUAUCCUGUUUACUUCAAGUAGCUAUGUUUUGUAUUCUUCAAUGGGAUCUUUUGUUAUCCCAGCCGUAUUUAUGACAUUUAUGUAUAUACGUAUAUUCAUGGUCUUACACAACCAAUCAAAAGGAAUAAAAACAAAAGUUGCCGCUACAACAACCACCAUACCAACUCCGGCUGAUAAUGGAUGUCCAGUGAUCAAACUACCCUCUGAAGAAGCAAUAAAUGGGGAUAGUAGAAACAUUGCAAUUGCUACUUUUGCUUCGGGAACUGCUGACAAUUUAAAUGAUCAGCAAAAUAUGGGAGAAGCCGAUUCACAAUUAGACAGAAAUAUAGUUCUAAAAAUUCACCAUUUAAUUCAACCAUUACAGUGCAGUUCUGUUGUAUCUAAACAAACAGAAAGUAAUUUAAAUAGACAGACGCCUCUUUCCGCCGGAAACCUCAGAAGCAAUAGUUUCGCCAUUCCAUAUGACGCGACGAAAGCUAAAUCUGGCAGAAAACAUUUCCUAAACGUUGCAGAUUUGGAUCGCAGAAACAGUCACACUGCGACAAUACAGAGAAGCACAUCGGAUGCUGAAAACAUGCAUGUCUACAUGCAUGAACUUAGACUCUCACCCGAAUGUCACAGAAGCAAGAGUGCUAGUGCCCUCAGCACCAAUGAAGAAACAGACGUGCUUAACCAUCCGUCCGCCCCGCGUAGAUCUCUACCCUGCAACAUUUCCAUCUUUCAGCGCAAUAACCGCAUGACGAUGAGCAUGAAGAGAAGAUUUGAGCUAAGGGAGCAACGAGCAACAAAACGCAUGCUUCUUAUUAUGAUCUGCUUCUGCGUGUGUUGGAUGCCGUUUCUUUUUAUGUACAUUUUAAGAAGUGUCUGCGAGACGUGCGACAUGAAUCAUCACUUUGUGGCUGCCAUUAUCUGGCUAGGUUAUGUCAACUCAAGCCUCAAUCCCAUCCUCUAUGCGCUGUUCAAUGAUGAUUUUAAAACUGCGUUCAAGAAAAUUCUGGGGUGUGCACCACUUUACGUUAAAAACAGACGACUGCAGAGAUAA